CAUGAUAACACACAAAUUCCAUUAAUUAUCGUACAAAAAAUUAUCUCCAACCAUAAAUUAUCAUAUUUUACAGUUAAAAACAUGAAAGAAUUCUAGAAUAUGUUCGAUUAUAUGCGUAUUAUUCAAAUAUGACAGUCAUCGCAGCUGCGCAUGCGCAGCUAAAACAUAUUUGACAUAUUUUUGACAACACUGUAAUUUCUCCUGCUGAUCGUCGAUUGUUUUCACGUCAUUCUUCCGCUUAAAUAAUUAAUUCCUCUUCAAUCACCCUCAAUAAUUACAAUUUACAGUGUGACACGUCAGUCUCUGCAAAAUGUCGUCGAGUAAAACGAAUAAACGCUACAGAUGGUGCUUGGAUUCAUCAAGAUCGAAUCGUGCGUUGGCUACCGGAGAUAAUUCCUUAGCCAUCCCACCUGCAUUUACAGCCGGGUCAGUAACAGUGAUUGAAACUACUAAGAAAACCGAUACUAGUCAUCUCAAAGAAAAAUCCUGGGAGCUUGCCUUGGCACCUCUUAAACAAGUCCCGAUGAACUUGUUCAUCAUGUACAUGGCAGGAAACUCAAUUUCUAUCUUUCCCAUCAUGAUGGUGGGCAUGCUAUUUAUGAGACCUCUCCAGGCUCUCUUCUCAAUUAACAGCACCUUCAAGCUGGUUGAAGAUACCGGCGCAGCCGCGCAGAAACUCGUUUAUUUGCUGGGUAAUUUCGUGAAUAUUGGACUGGCUUUAUAUAAGUGCCAAAGCAUGGGACUGCUGCCGACACAUUCGAGCGAUUGGCUCGCGUUUGUCGAGCCGCAGGCAAGGCAGGAGUAUUUAGGAGGCGGCGUCAUGUUGACAUAAUUUAUUUCUAGUGUACAAUUCCUAGGGGUGUAUGUAUGUAAGUUAGUCUUUUUUAUGACGGUCGGCGAAGUCUUUUAACUUCUUGAGUAUUGCCGAAGGGUCGUCGACUUUUGGUACCUAAAAAUUGUGCAAAACAAAACAGAACUCUAUGAGUUUACAAGUCAGUUGGUAACAAAGUAAAGUCAAAGAAAAAGAAAUAAAAGUUAAAAAUAA